GUUGUGAUCUUGUGCUCUGUUUCCGAGUUCUUCUCUUUUGCUUGCCGAGACACUUAUUAGCAAGGAAGAUCAUGCUUUAGAAGCAGCCUCCAUAUGUUGAAGAUUGGUUCACUCGCAUCCGGCCAAAAUCGAAUCGAACCAUGGAAGCUCUUUGUCCUGGUUGUUUUCCGGGAGAGAUCCAAUCGAUUUCUUAAUUGUGAGCCACACAUCAUGUUGAAACUCUGCCUCGUCUUGUGGCUACUUGGAACCUUCUCGUUGAUGGACAGGACAUUUUGUCCUGUUGGUAGAUAUUUGUUUUUCUACAGAGAUUUGCAGUCUAGAGAUGCAGUGUUUUAUACUACUGGGAUAUGUCAGUGGCAAACACCAAACAGAGACAUGUUUACAUUUCCAUGUGAUCUGACAACGACACGAUGUUGAACAUUGGUCUUCAGUUAUUCGAUGAUCAACUGGUUCAACGGUCAUGAGUUCUUCCCGGAGAUCGUGGAGAAGAUGCACAACGCGCAGCAGGACUCGUACUGCAUCUUCGACAGCCAGGUGCUGACCAUCUUCGUGUCCUCGCUCUACCUCGCCGGCGUGUUCGCCUGCCUCGUGGCCGGCCACGUCACCAGGAAGGUGGGCCGUCGGAACUCCAUGCUCAUCGGCGCCUCCUUCUUCCUCGCCGGCGCCAUCCUCAACUGCGCCGCCGUCAACAUCUACAUGCUCGUCGUCGGCCGCAUCCUCCUCGGCUUCGCCGUCGGCUUCACGAACCAGUCUGCGCCCGUGUACUUGGCGGAGAUAGCGCCGGCGCGGUGGCGGGGCGCGUUCACGAGCAUCUUCCACUUCUUCCUCAACGUGGGGAUGUUCAUGGCGGACCUGGUCAACUACCGCGCCAACACCAUCGCCAACUGGGGCUGGCGGCUUUCCCUCGGCGUCGGCAUCGUCCCUGCCGCCGUCAUCCUCGUAGGCGCCUUCUUCAUCCCGGACUCCCCCAACAGCCUGGUGCUGCGGGGGAAAGUGGACGAGGCCCGCGACUCGCUGCGGCGGAUCCGCGGACCGUCCGCGGACGUGGACGUCGAGCUCAAGGACAUCGUGCAGGCCGCCGAGGAGGACAGCCGGCACAAGACCGGCGCGUUCCGGCGCAUCGGGCGGCGCGAGUACCGGCCCCACCUGGUGAUGGCGGUGGGCAUCCCGGUUUUCUUCGAGCUGACGGGGAUGAUCGUGGUGACGCUCUUCACGCCGCUGCUCUUCUACACCGUGGGCUUCACGAGCCAGAAGGCCAUCCUGGGAUCCAUCAUCACGGACGUCGUCAGCCUGGCCUCCGUCACCGUGGCCGCGCUCUCCGUGGACCGCUACGGGCGGCGGUCGCUCUUCAUGCUGGGCGGGGGGAUCAUGCUGGUGUGCCUCGUGGGGAUGGCGUGGGUGUUCGGGGCGCAGCUGGGCACCAACGGGGAGAAGGCGAUGCCGAGGCCAUACGCGGUGGCCGUGGUGGCGCUGGUCUGCCUGUUUACGGCCGGGUUCGGCGUGUCGUGGGGGCCGCUCAAGUGGAUCAUCCCCAGCGAGAUCUUCCCGCUGGAGGUGAGGUCGGCGGGGCAGAGCAUGAGCGAGUCCAUCUCGCUCACGCUCACCUUCGUGCAGACGCAGUCUUUCCUCGCAAUGCUCUGCAGCUUCAAGUACGGGUCCUUCGCGUACAACGCCGGGUGGGUCGUCGUCAUGACGGCGUUCGUCAUCCUCUUCCUUCCGGAGACCAAGGGCGUGCCCAUUGAGGCCAUGGGCGCCGUCUGGGCACGUCAUUGGUACUGGAAAAGAUUCGUCAAGCCGGUGCCGGUGCCGGCGCCGGACAAACUGGCCGACGGGCCGGCUUGAAUUACUAUACGGCUUUGCCGCGGUGGUGCGUAUAACUGGGCUGAGGCCUUGAACGGAGGCCGGUAAUCGGAUUGUGUAGUCGAGUGGGUUGGAUUGAUUUGUCCAGAAACAGCACUAGCUUUUUGCUAUUGUACGUCGUCUCGGGCGGAAAAGUAGUGCUCUUUUUUCUGUGUAGCGUGAAUUGUGAAAGUUAUGGCCAUGCUCUCUAGAAUGUUUCUCUGUCUCGCCACUUAUGUAGUCACUCCAAUUCAUAAAAAGUGUCACUCAUUUUGUAUUAAAUUAGUACAAUUUUUGUACUAAAUGGAUGGCAUUAUUUAUGAA